AUGGCGGGCAAGAAAGCUCCGGCGAAACAGCCACCAGCCAAGGACGAGCACAAGGAAGACGUGCAGCUGGUCCCCGCCGUGCAGGUAGAGGAAGACACGGACACGGACGGCCCCCUGCCGCUCUUGCCACUUGCCCUGUUUCUCAUCCCAUUUACCUCGUUUGCGCUCGCUCUCCAUGGCCUGAACGCCGCACCGCUGUACAACUCGCUCCCGCUCCUGCGACCGCUUCGUUGGGCUGGAAUGUUGCUCCAGGUCUGCUUCCUCCGGCGCGAGGAGACCAGGUCUCUGGGUUCGCUCUUCUUGCUGGCGUCUGCCACCACGGUUGGCGCGUUGGUCGUUGGCCGUCCUGCUAUGCGGCUGUCGGUCCAUUGGCUCGGCGACGUGGAAGGUGCUGCCGCGACAUGGUUGUGGCUCGCCACAAACGACAUGAUCCAGGCCGUGGCGACGGUGGUUAUUUCGAGCAAGCGAUCCAAGACGAGCCCUCUUUCCCUCUUCUUCAGCGUCCUCCUUGCCGUUACGCUGUGGACAGGCGACUGGGUGUGGAGGCAAAUGUUCCAAUGGCCUUCGCUCUCGGCAAUCACCUCGGACUCUGAGCGAGCACUCCUCGCUGUCGUUGUGGUCUAUGGUGUUCUCUCCGUCCUUUCUGCCGCCCCCGGCAAGUCCAAGCCAGGAGCAGAGGCCACCAAGAAGCCAGCGACCGUCAAGCGCGCUGUCCUCAUCAAUGCCGCUCUCAUCCUCGUUGGCGGCCUGUACCUUGCGUAUGGCCGCCCAUUGCUGCGCGACUAUGUUGCCAGUGACAGCCUCCGCGUCAUCAGUUCCGAGCAAAGUGCCAGUGGACGCGUAGUCGUUAUGGACCUCGACCACGAGCGAGGUGGUACCUUGCGGUUCAUCCGUGCAGACCAUUCCAUCAUUGGCGGUGUCUGGAUCCGUUACCGUGACGGACCUCAAGGCAGGACGACCGAGUGGGCCGAUUCUGUCUUUGCCGCGUUUCCCUUGCAAGAAGUGGGCUUGUUGGCAGGGCCGGAGGACAGUGGCAGUGCGGCCAGCGCUGCUGUUCUGCGCAAGCUUCCCGAAGAGGACAAGGAGCGCGCACUCGUUAUUGGCCUCGGUGUGGGCAUUGGAGCCACCUUCUUCACUCUGCGCGGCCUCGCAGUGGACGUCGUCGAAUUCGACCCGGCCGUCUACGACGCUGCUAUCAAAUACUUUCCACUCGGCCGCGUGCCUCCGGCUUCUGUGCAUCUCAUGGACGGCGCCAAUUAUGUCCAUGACGCAGCGGUGGCGCGCCGCAAGGACCCGUCGCUCAAGAAAUGGUCGUACAUCGUGCAGGACUGUUUCUCGGCCGGCUCCCUCCCUGUCGAGCUGUUUACGCGCGAGUUUUGGAACAAUGUCCAGGACAUUGUCACCACGGACGGCGUGGUUGUCAUGAACUUUGCGGGCAAGAUUGACAGCCCUGCUUCGCGUACCGUCUUCCGCACGAUCCUCGACGUGUUCCCCCAGUGCCGUGCCUUUGGCGACGAGUUUACUGUGCAAGACGGUCCUGGCCUAGUUGGCAACUUGGUGAGCAUGGAUCUGCGCGACGCGCGUGCCACGGGGGUCGUGGAUGUUGACGUUCGUUCCCAGGUUGUCGUAUGCUCGCCGUCGUCCGACGCUCUUCUUACCUUCCGCCCGUGGAAGUCCGAGGACACUCUGGGCUCCCCGCUGCGCGCACAGGUCUACUCGUCGUACCUCGACAAGGAAGUGGCCAUUGACAGCCUCCUCUCGGACGCGGACCAGGCUAACCCGGCCCUGGUCCUCCGCAAGGGCCAACGACUGGAUUACUGGGCCGACGCGCGCAGCUCGUGGGCUGCAAUUGACAAAUUCCUCACGCCCACCAUGUGGAUGGCGUACUAG